CACUGCAGUGGGGAAUUCAAACUUCGACAACAGGACAUCGCUGAGCGAGAGGGCUGUAAAUAUUACAAAAAUACUAAGUAUAUAUUUCCACAUUCGUGAUUACUUUUUGCUUUCCUCACUAUAUCCACGUUUUGUAUUUAUUUUAAGGUUGUGUUUUCGGCGAAGAUGGACAGCAUGGCGGAACUCCUCAAGUACUAUGAAGUCUACGAGACCAUCGGCUCGGGAGGCUUUGCUAAGGUCAAGCUGGGUCGCCACAUCCUGACGGGAGAGAAGGUGGCCAUUAAAAUCAUGGAGAAGAAGGAACUGGGGGAGGACCUUCCUCGUGUGAAGGUGGAGAUAGAGGCCAUGAAGAGUCUGAGCCAUCAGCAUGUCUGUAGACUGUACCAUGUUAUCGAGACUAAUACCAAGAUAUACAUGAUCCUGGAGUAUUGUCCGGGAGGAGAGCUGUUUGACUACAUCAUCGCUAAGGACCGUCUGUCUGAAGAGGAGACCAGAGUGUUCUUCAGACAGAUCGUCUCAGCUCUGGCCUAUGUCCACAGCCAGGGAUACGCCCACAGAGACCUGAAACCGGAGAACCUGUUGAUAGAUGAAGACCACAACCUGAAACUGAUAGACUUUGGUCUCUGUGCCAAACCAAAGGGGGGUCUGGGAUAUGAGCUGAUGACCUGUUGUGGAAGUCCAGCCUACGCUGCUCCUGAACUCAUCCAGGGUAAAGCCUACAUCGGCUCGGAGGCUGAUGUGUGGAGUAUGGGGGUGCUGCUGUUUGCUCUGCUCUGUGGAUAUCUGCCCUUUGAUGACGACAACUGUAUGGUCCUCUACAGGAAAAUCACUAGAGGUAGUUACAACAACCCUCAUUGGCUGUCUCCUGGGAGCAUCCUGCUACUCAACCAGAUGAUGCAGGUGGAUCCUAAGCAUCGUGUGACCAUCAGACAACUCCUAGACCAUCCCUGGACGAUGUCUGGCUAUGGCACCCCUGUAGAGUGGCACAGCAAGCAACCUUUGGGUCACAUAGAUGAGGACUGCAUAACUGAGAUGUCCGUCAGCCUGAAUAACUCCAGACAGAGCACCCUACAGCUGGUCAAUGAGUGGAAGUACGACCAGACCACUGCCACCUACCUGUUGCUGCUCUCUAAGAAACAGAGAGGGAAACCUGUCCGGAUCAGGCCUCAACUUCCUGUCUGUGAUGUCAUGUCCUGUUCACCUCAACGCCUGGGAGUACAGACUCUACUCUUCGAUGAUGAUGAUGCUGAUGAUGCUGAGGACCGUUGCUAUGACGACGACCUGCCCUGGGUUCCGCUCACACCCCAGCAAGAGAGAGCGAUCUGUCCGUCAGCUGAAAAGAGGCGGGAUCAGACUAAACACGCCCCCACUCCGGAGAGGGAGCCAAUCGCGCACCACCACCGUCACCAGGAGAGGCGGGAUGAGACUAAACACGCCCCCACUCCGGAGAGGGAGCCAAUCGCGCACCACCACCGUCACCAGGAGAGGCGGGACCGAUGCCGGGAACGGACCAAUGAAAACAAAGAGAACGUUGCCGUGGCCAAUAAGGAUGCUGAUAUAUUUGCUUUGCCCGCCCCCCGAUCCCCAGUAGCCAAUAGGAAGGCAACUCGGCCCAAUAAGAGGGUCUUGACGACACCAACCCAUAAUAACACUAACAAGGUUGGCAACAAGGUAGACACACCCCAAGGAGGAGGCAGUACUUGCAAGGACCCGUCGAGGAAGAGACCGAGGGAGAGAGUGGAAGGAAAGGGGGAAGAAGAGAUGGAGAUACUGGCCUUCAGCCCAGAGAGAAGGUCCCGGUCGUUAGACGUGGCGGGGGCGUCUCGGGGGGACAGCAGCCAGAAGAGAAGGGGGGGGAAGGUUUUCGGCAGUCUGGAGCGAGGGCUGGAUAAAGUCAUCACCUUGCUCACACCCAGCAAGAGACGAGGGCUGCGGGACAGACCACGCAGGAUCAAGGCCCAGUAUAAUGUAACGUUGACCAGUCAGACCAACCCAGACCAGGUGUUGAACCAGAUCCUCUCCAUUCUACCGGAGAAACACGUCGACUUCGCACAGAAAGGCUAUACUCUGAAGUGUCGCACCCAGGGGGACUUUGGGAAGGUGACCAUGGCGUUUGAGCUGGAGGUGUGUCUGCUGCACAGACCUGAGGUGGUGUGUGUGAGGAGACAGCGGCUGAAGGGAGACUCCUGGGUUUACAAACACCUGGUGGAGGACAUUCUCUCUACAUCCAGCAUCUAGACGUCACUACUUCCUGUCGAUGAUGUCACAUCCUGUCCACGUUCCAGCACCUAAAGCCAGUGUCUUAACUAAUUCCAUGAAGGGCAGAGUGUCUGCAGGUUCACUCCUCCCUUGUACUUCAUUGAUGAAUUAAGGUCACUGAUUAGUUAGGAUCUCCCCUCACCUGGUUGUCUAGGACCUCACCUGGUUGUCUAGGACCUCCCCCCUCACCUGGUUGUCUAGGACCUCCCC